AUGGACCCUUGUAAGAAGAAACCGUCUUUACCUCGCUUGACCACCAAUGUUCCCCUAUCACAGAAACCACCCAAUGAAUCAUGCAAUGCUCUAUCAAAAACCCUCCCAGAUACCAACGCACCGCCGAUCAUCAUGCCCGAGAGGCCGUCGAGAACUUCAUCGAUGUUUCAGGAGGACAAGCCUGAUGAGAACAUCGUGCCUGGGAGGCCUUUUGCGUCAGAAAGCAUGCCUCUCUAUGUUUCGCAGCAGAGUGUGGACGAUUCCCCGUUAACCAAGGUGAAGAAGUUGUACUACGAAGAUGCAUUCACAGCCCGUGGAUCACACAACUCGCCCAAGGACCGUGUCAAUCAUGAAUCUGUUGUCGUAGUUGAGCUCAAGACCAACAUAAAGGCAAAGGAUGAUGCAUCCAAGUUACUGUCGGAUUUCGCCCACUGCCUAGCCCAGGUCUACCAGCGUCCGGAAACAUCAAUGCUAGUUACCAUAGACCAGAACGCUGACUUGAUCUUUGGAAAUACCUCCGGCUCGGCGUACCUAUUGAAGAUUACCGCUCUCUCGAGUUUGAUCGGACCGCUGACCAAUAUUCGCAACACGGGCCUGAUCCAAUCAACUAUCCAAGAAAUGUUUGGAAUUGCACCUGACAAAGGAGUAGUGAUCUACAAUCCAGCAAGUGAAGACAAUCUUGCAACCAAUGGAACGACCGCCAAAAGUGAGAUCGACCGCCUCGAACGCAUGGAUUCUGGGAAUAGCCCCUCGAUCUUCAAGUCUAUCUCGCGAUCGAUGAGCCGUCGCAUGAAAUCAAGCAGCGGCAAUAGUGUUCCGGUUUCGCUUACUCCAGUCAUGAAUCCUGAUGUCACAACUCCUACCUCGAUGUCUCCCAUCGCUCCAGGUCAGCUCCAUCCGCCGAGGCCACAUCAAGCAGACAAUAAAAAGUCGCUAGACUCACCAAAGAACGAAAAAGUGCAGCAGAUUUUAUCCAGGGACGAAAAGCCCGAACGAACCUUGAAGAAAAGAGAAAGCUUGAAGAGCUUUGUUAACCGUCGUCUGGACGAAUUGGGCGAGCUGACCACAAUGAAACCAUUCACAGCCGCAAAGGGAAAGAAGGAUUGA